AUGAAUUCAUCAGCACUACUUCGUCCUUCUUCUCCUCCUCUGCUUUUUCAUCGCAACCGUUUCGUUAUUUCUUCGUCAUCUAGAAACCAUUCUUACAUCCCUAAACUCGAACCUUUUAGCCGAUCCAAAAUCGACAGAGUCGCGAAAAACCUUCCCCUCAUUGAAAAAACUGAAAAAGAUCUCUCCGAUUAUUGUUGUACACUUGAAGGCGAUAAAUGUUAUAGUUGCUGGCAGGCUUAUUUUGCACUCAAAGAUCUUGAAAAGGAGCAACCAAGAGCAGAUAUAGAGAGGUUAAUUAUUGAGAUUAGUGGUAUAAAAUCCUUGAUAGGAUGUUUACCUGCAAUUGCUAUAAUGCAUAAAUCGAAGAAGAAUGAAAUAGAAUCAGAAGAUGAACAAAAUCGUUGUCCUAGACCAGAUGGAUUACCUAAAUCUGCUGAUGAAAUGAGGGAAGAAGAGGAAGCAAAAAUGCCUGAUUCGUCUCAUACUAAGCUUCUCAGAUUAAUGGGAAAGUCGCCUGCUUGGUAUUCUAAAGUACCAGAUCAUGAAACAGAUUGA